GAGAAGCAGGUGUAGUAGAAGACAAGACAGUGCUGUGUUCUCGUGGAGCCUGUGGUGACCUGCAGUAUUCCUCUCUCAGACGGCAUAUGCUGGGAGAAGCAAGCAAAAGUUGAGAUUGCAUUCACUGCUGACCAUGCUUUUCCACUUGGCCUCCAUCACAUCUGCAUCUCCUGCAGUCCAGUAGAGGUGGUUCAUAACAGCUGGCCUCCACUGCUUCAUAUCUUCACACUCCCAUCUUCUAAAGCCUUAUAAUGACAAAAAAUUACCAAUUAGCUUUGCAAACAAUGUCACUAAGCUGUCACUAGACUUGAUGGUUAUAAUAUUAGCAAUUAAUAUUAUUGUUGUUUGAAGCAGAUGCAUUAGUGAAGUCCAGUCUCUUCACCUGCACAAAUAACGCACCCAGGCCCGGAAGAUACUGUCCUAUUUCUUGUUAGGAAACCUGUGGACUUGAUGUUGACAGGCUGGAGUUUGUGCAACCUCCACAAACACAAUAAUUUACCAUGACGAUGAUAAAUUGAAAUAAAAAUAACUACCGAAAACACACUGACUCACGCGCGCUCCACUGAAUACCAACAGAGCGCAGCACACGACUCCCUCUCGUGACGUAAUAUGACGCGAUGUUGAAAAAAAAGCACUUUUUGAGAACUGUCAAGGAAAGCGUCACUUUUUCUUCUAAAUUAGUGUAAAACCUUGUAAAAAAAAGUGCGCACAGUCAGCAGGUUCGCGGCUUAGAGCAAGUCAAAAGUAUAAACAAGGCUUCAACUGCACAAAACACUUGCACUACAAGAGAAAGUCGCUUGCUGUGUCCUGCGUGAAAGGGCCUUUAAAGGGGUGGUUGAUUAGCUUUUUUUGAAGGCUUGAUUGUGUUUAUGGGGUGCACUGCAACGUGUUCAUGCUACAUUUACAAAAAAAACAAAAAAAACGUUGCAUUAUUUUUCACGUAUUUUAACUUUAUUUUACACCACUUUUUCCAUUCUCAUAAAAAUGGUCUGUUGACUUCCUAGUUCUAUGAAGCUCCUCUGUCAUGAAUCUGGUUAAUGGACUUCCAUCCGCUAGCCACCAGAGAUCGCUAUUCUAUUACAUUAACUUUCACACCACACAGACUGUUACAUAUCACUCUGGACUGCAUUUCCCAUCAUCCAUUGCACCAAGUACACUCUAGGGGUUGCACCAACUAAUCGACUAGUCGACUUUACUGCUCUGCCAUGACGCUUUAAGCUUGACGUCGACUAGUCGCUGGUCCUGUAGAGGGUGCAACAGGAUAAGAAAUCUCUGAAGGACUUCCACAUUUACGCUCCGUUUCCAAACAGUUAAAAUGACAAAUAAAUGCAUACUCUGAAAGCGCUCCACAAGACAUGUGUGAUUAUAUUACUGGAUGCUCGAAAUUGAACGGGAGAAUGCACGUUUUAAACAGCUUAUAGUACAGGUCAGUUAAUCGCCAUUCUAAUAUAAUGCGCUGCUGCUCUGUAAAGCACACACAUAGGCUUCAGACAGUAGCGCGUACAUCACGCGCAGAUCGCACGUGCACAGAAUCGUUCAGCUCGGAAAUGUAUUGUCAACACUGUUCUGCGAUUUCUCAAUAAAAUAGCUUAGAAACUGAAAAGUGCAAGCAUAUAUUUCUUAUUAACUAAAUCCCACAGCUUCAUUACUAGUAGAGAGUCGCUGCCAGGUAGAAUUAAUUCACACACGCAAUCGCUCUCACUAAUGCAUUCAUGUGAAUGUAAUCUUUACUGUGCAACUUUAUCUGUAUGUGAUUUAGAACGAGCAGAAAUCUGUGAGAAAUAUAACGAAUAUAAAGACAAAAGAACUGAUAAAAAUGAGCUGUUAUAGGAGUAAUAGCCAUGUGGGCGGCACUGUGUCAUAUGCCAUAGCUGUGCACAAGGUGUUUGUCACAGAUCCAGACUUAUUUGUUCAUUAAUGACGUCAUCAGCGACUAUUCGACUUCGAAAAGACUUUCUUCACAUAAAAGUCGACUUUAAAAAAUCAGAAGUCGUUCCCCUAGUACACACAGCUGUCUCAAUCACUCGCUCACCUGAAAGCUAUUACACUCACUAUAUAAAACACACUCUGAUCCUGCUCAAGGCGCCGAGUAUUGUUCUGCAUUUUUCACUCUCCUAUUUUUUGCUGUUUUACCGAGCCAUUCCGUGUUUCUGUUUAGUCUCUAGUAUUGUUCUGCAUAUAUCACUCACCUAGUGAUAGCUGCUUUACGGAGCCUAGUUUCUUGUUCUAGUUCAGUCUAAUCAUUUCGCGUUUUCUUGUUUCCUUUUUCCUGCCUAUGUAUCUUGGAUUAACCCUUGUCUCGCCGUUUGGACUCUGUUUGUACCUCGUCUGGACUGUAGAACUCGUGUUUCUGGAUUACCCCUGUUGUCAAGCCCUCUGGAUUUUGUACGCCGAUCCAUGAUCUAUGCCAGCCUUAGGAAUACUCUUUGUCUUGCCUCAUACAUAUCUGUCUGCUGAUGCUCGACCCUGCCUGUUUAUGACUGUGAAUAAAGCUUUGUGUAUGGAUCCGCAGGUCUCACGUCGCGUUCGCCCUGUUACACCUUCCCUUAGUAAUACUCAAUGGCCUCAGAUUCGUUAUCUGGCUCAGUGUGUUGGUCCAAAAGUAUUUUAUUUAUUUUGAAAAUAUAAAAAUAUUCAUGUUAAAUGUUUAAAUACUAAUUACAUUUUAUUUUUUCCAAAGGCUUUAAAAUACAAAAUAGUAUUUUGUAUUUCAGAUACAUAUUUUAAAUAUAUGUAUCUGAAAUACUGCCCAUCCCUGCUAACAAUAUCCUAAAACGUGCUAGAAAAAUACAAUGUGUUAAAACAUCCUAGCAACAUGCCAAAAUAUGCUCUUUAUAAAGUUAAGCUUGAUCUUCUGAACACAUUUCUGUUCUGUUUCUAUGUUCCACUGUAACAUUUGAAGUGUCAGGGACGGAAGGAAGAACUGUCGUUCUAAAGACUGAUACUAAACUACAGAACGGUGAUGAGAUAAAGUGGUGGUUUGAAGAUGGGAACAAACCCAUAAUCCAAAUCAAUGAAUGGACCAUUAAAGACACUGAUAUAGCAUGUGAUACUACUGACGAGAGAUUCAGAAGCAAACUCCAGAUGGGUCAUAAGAAUGGAGAUCUCAUUAUCAGUUAUAUCAGGACCAUUCACUCUGGAGUCUACAAAGUACAGAUCAGCGGCAAAACCAGAAGAACCAAAUACAAGCGAUUCAUUGUUACUGUCAAUGUGGAGAAAGUGCCAGUGAAGGUUGAAGAAUCUGUCACUCUAAAGACCGAUAUUGAAAUACAGGAAGGAGAUCUGAUACUGUGGACCUUUGGAGUUAAAAACCGUCUCGUUGUUAAAGCUGAAUCAGGAACACCUAGUAUUAGUGAGAGCUUCAGAGGCAGACUGCAGCUGAAUGAUCUGCACCGCAAUGGAUCUCUGACCAUCACAAACAUCACCAAUGAAGACUUUGGACAUUUCCAACUACAGGUCCUCAACAGCGAACGGAACAGAUUCAGGAGAUUCAAUGUGAUCGAAGUGAAGAAAGUGUUUGUGAAGGUUGGAGAAUCUGUCACUCUAGAGACCGAUAUUAAAAUACAGGAAGGAGAUCUGAUACUGUGGACCUUUGGAGAUAAAAACAUUGUUAAAGCUGAAUCAGGAACAACUAUUAUUGAUGAGAGCUUCAGAGACAGACUGCAGCUGAAUGAUCUGCACUGCAAUGGAUCUCUGACCAUCACGAACAUCACCAAUGCAGACUUUGGACAUUUUAAACUACAGGUCCUCAACAGCGAACGGAACAGAUUCAGGAGAUUCGAUGUGAUCAAAGUAAACAAAGUGAAGAAAUCAACGGAAGCGAACCCACUGCUGCCUCAAGAGGGUGCGCAGCAGGGGACGAGUUCAGUUUAAUAAGACACGCCCAUCACUGUCAAUCUUUGUGACAUCAUCAACACUUGAGCUGAACAAUAUAUUUGUCAUGAAUCCUUCACCACACAGACUGUUUCACCCUUUAACCCCGGACUACAUUUCCCAUGAUCCAUUUCACACGACACUGAAUGCGAACACACCUGUAGCCAAUCACAUGGACUAUUUAUCACACACACUCACCAUCAUUCGGGCCGAGUAUUGUAUUCAUGUGUCGCUGUUUAGCCGUUCCAUUCCAAGUCUUAGUGUGAGUCAGAGUCUUGUUUCGUCUCGUCUUGUCAGAAGAAAAUAAAAUAAAAAGAAAUAAAACUUUUUAAAUGCAAGUUUAACAGUUCAACAGCGCAUGGGUUUAAGAAUUUUCUCUGGAAACAUAUUCAAUAUUUUAAACAAAGCUUUGUCAAGUAUCAUUCAAAAUAACUUUUUGGAACUAGUCUACUGUGCCUGUCCAGUUUCUGUGUUUCUGUCGUUUAGUAGAGUAUUAGUUGAAUUGAUUAUGUACGUAUGCAGGUAUUAAUUAAUUGUGUUGAACAGUACAUUGAGAAUUAUAAUUUUGUAUUUUGCAUAGUUUCAUAUGUUUUUUUUUUUUUAUUUCUUUUCCCUUGUUUUUUUUUCCUUUUUCUCCUUGGUUGAUGUUAAGGAUUUGGUUCAUUAAUUUUUAAUUUGUUGAUGUAUUUAUCAUUAUUAUUAUUAUUACAUUAUCGUGUUAGGUCAUGUGACCUUGGAUCACCUGGAGGUAUAAAGAGUGUUAUUAGUGUCAUUAGUGUUGUUUAAUUUGUCUGAUGAAGAGCCUGCGUGCUCGAUACAUCACACGCUAUGUGAAAUAUUUUUAAAUACAUUUUUGAUAAUUUUGGAGCUUUGGUGUUGCCGACUUUGCAUUUGAUUUUUCUAAUUGUUUUGUGGUCGAGUACCCAUUUGAGAUUGAUGUGCGUACUUUUGUUUGCUUUUUGUAUUUCUGUCGUCGUCCAUACCAAUAAAGAUUUGUUGUCUGACUUGGAGAAAGAGAAAAAAAGCUAUCUUUAGUGGCUGCAAACAGCAGAAGGUGCUAAUGCAGUAUUAUAGUUUGAGAUGAGUUAAAAUAAAGAUGUUACCGUCGUAAGAAAGUGUACAUGCACACAGCGCGCAUCAAAUUUUCAGGGUUU